AUGUCCAAGUCAUCAUCGAGCCCUGCCAAGAUCUGUGAUCAAUCACCAACGAACAAAACAUCAAAAUGCUGCUCUGGCAAGAAAUUAGUGAGCUACAGAUGCAAAGUGAGGUUAAUGGCCACCAUCUGCAUCUUGCUGAUGGCGGCUGCUGGAGCCUUAUUGUAUUUCCUUCUCAGCAAGAGAGGACCUGGUGAUGCAGAGAUCGUUGUGUCUCUUCCCAAAACACGUAAUUGGUUCCCACAGUGUCCAGGUGAGCCUUUGAAACCUGAAGAACGAUUCAACUGCUAUCCAGACGAUCCGUCAGUGAGCAAGGCAGCAUGUGAAAUUAGAGGUUGCUGCUUUGUUGGAUAUUUCAUGGAAGAUAACGUUACUGUCGAAGAUUCCCGAAUUCCGACUUGCGUAUACCCUCGUAAUUACGGAUAUGCAGCUACUGGCAAAGCUGAAGCCAUCUUCAACGGCUUUGAAGUUCCUUUGAGACGAAUGACAGCUCCCUCGCGAUAUGGCGAUGACAUACAAGUAGUCUACAUGAGGGUUGAAAUGCAAACAAAGUAUAGGCUUAGAAUAAAGUUUUACGAUCCUGAGAACAUUCGCUAUGAAGUUCCAUCUCCUGCAAUUCCAGUUCAUCCCUCUCCUCAAAUUUCGGAAGCUAAUGCUCGAGAAGUAUUUUUAUAUUCUGUUACAUACAACACUGUUAGUUCGCCGUUUUCUGUUAAAGUAAGACGAUCCAGCUCAGAUGCAGUCAUAUUUGACACUUCUGUUGGUGCUCUUACAAUUGCAAAUCAGUAUCUAGAGCUAACUACAAAAUUGGCUUCUGAAAAAGUAUAUGGAUUAGAUCAAUAUUUUUCUAAAGUAUUUAAACAUGAUUUCAAUUGGCAAGAACUUGGUCUGUUUUCUUCUUCUAAUUUGGAUGGAAAUUUUUCAUCUGGUGUUCACCCAAUGUACUUAUGUGUCGAAAAUAAUGGAAAUGCUCAUGGUGUUCUUCUGCUCAAUAGUGAUCCAAUGGAGAUUCAACUCCAUCCAUCCCCUGCAAUUACUUUUCGAACUCUUGGUGGGCUGCUGGACUUAUAUUUGUUUUUGGGACCCUCGCCUGAAGAAGUUAUUCAGCAAUAUACUGAAGCUGUUGGACACUCUUUUAUGCCACCGUACUGGUCCUUAGGAUUUCAUGCUAGCAAACCACGUUAUAAAUCUGUGAAUGAAGUUGAAGAAUUUGUUAACGGAUUUAAGGAAGCACAUAUUCCUGUGGAAGCCUUUUCUGUAAAUAUGGAUGUGAUCAAAAGCUAUAUAUCAGGAGCUUAUGAGUUUGCUGGGUUUUCAAACUUUACAUCAAAAUUAUCUGGUAGGAAUCAGAAACUGUUAAUAAGUUUUGAACCUAAAAUAUCUGCAGAAGAUGUGUUGCAAAGGGAUUCAAUAUACAACUUUGGGCAGCAAAAUAGUGUUCUUAUUACUGACAAGUGGGGCCUGCAUCCUAUAGUUGGAAUGGUAGGUAGUAAGAGAGUUGUUUAUCCUGACUUUGGAAGUACUGCAGCUGUGACUUGGUGGGCAAAAGUACUAAAUAAAGUAGCUUCAAGCAUAGAUAUUGAUGGCUUGUGGUUGGUGAAUAACUUUCCUAGAAAUGAUGUUGAUGGUUCCAUAAAUGACUGCUUAGAUGACAAUCUAAAUAGGCCACCAUAUCUUCCUAGUAUAAUAAAUAAUACACUGUACCACAAUACCCUUUGUCUGGAUGCAAUGCUGCAUUGGAAGGAUGAUGCAAUAACACAUUAUGAUUAUCAUAACUUCUAUAGCCUUUCUUCAACCAUAGCAACUGAGCAAGCAUUUAGCGUUAUUUAUGCCACGAGAAGAAAAUUAAUGUUGACUGACUCAACAUUUGUUGGAAGUGGCCAAUAUGCUGGCCAUUUAGUUAAGGGACUCAAAUGUGAUUGGAAAGGCUUGAAGUCUUCUGUAUCGAUAAUUUUGAAAUUAAAUUAUCAUGGAAUUCCAUUUUCAGGCAUGAACAUAUGUGGAGAUGAAGGAGAAUCUAGUGAAUUUAAUGAGGAAUUACUCCUGAGAUGGUUUCAGUUGUGUUCAUUUUAUCCUUUUAUGCAAAUGCAUGGCUCAGUGGUAUGUCAUUUUUUUUCUAGAGGGAUAUCAGAUCAGGACUUUUUGCAUGCUGUUCGAGAUGCCAUAUCCAGGAGAUAUGAGUUGUUGCCUUAUCUUUAUACAUUAUUUUAUCUAUCUCACAUCAAAGGUUCUACAGUUCUGCGACCACUGUUUCAUGAGUUCCCUUUUGAAAAUGAAACAUAUUCUAUAACAUCCCAGUUCAUGUGGGGAUCUUCUCUUUUAAUAUCACCUAUAUUGGAAAAGGGUUCAACUGAAGUUAACUUUUACCUUCCUGAAGGUGUAUGGUAUGAUUUUUAUCAAGGACUAGCUAUUUAUAGUGAUGGUACUUGGUUUACCGAAUCUGGUGGUCCUUUUCAUGACAGCAAGCAACCUGCUGUUUUACAUAUUAGAGGUGGCCAAAUUAUAACUUUGCAAAAGCCAUCUGAAACAAUAACUGCAAGUCGACAGAAUUCCAUGAGCUUACUUGUUGCUUUGAAUUCAUCCUUUCAUGCAAGUGGAUUUUUAUAUUGGGAUGACGGUGAAACUAAAAAUUCACUUAUUUCUGGUGAAUACAUAACUAUUGAUAUGCAUGCUAAUAAGACUUCUUUAAUUGUUGAUGGCAAAGUUGGUAAGAAAGUAUUCAUGUCUAAUUUUUAUCGAGCUGUCAUACAACAAGUAAGAAUAAUGGGACUGCACAAACCACCAAAAAGAAUUGUUAUUGAUGGGAGUUACAUCUUGUCAAACAAACAAUAUAGGUGGAACUUGGAUUAUGAUGUUUUAGAUCUGAAGCACAUACUAAUUCCUCUUGGAAGACGGACAGAAAUUCAGUGGUUUUUCUGAUCAGAACAUGAAUUUUUAACAAUUAGAUGAGCAGUCUGCUGGCAGACUGACAAUUAUUUGAUUGCAGAUUGUUUUGCUGCAUUUUUAAAACAUUUUUUACUCAUCAGAGCUUUGUAAAGUACUGUGAUUUCAUGACGAUUGUUUUCUAAUGAUUUGCAAUGUAAAUUUCAAUGUUCAUUUUAAAACUCUAUAUGUUACAUUAUGAAGAGUUAAAACCAAUAUUUAAGCUAAUUUAAUAGUUUUUUUAAUUUUUUUUUAAAUAUUCAUUUACGCAUUUUGAACAAAUUAUACUGAAUCUUAUCAAAGGAUUCUUUUGUUCAUAAAUGAUAAUGCUUGUAAAACUGAUUUCACUAGAGACAGGAUUUGCUGUAUUCCUCCCCCCCCCCCACCAUUUAAAAGGUAGAGGUAGUGUUAAAUGUUAAUAAAAAGUUUGUGCCAAAUUUUAAAAUGUUGACAUUUGAUUAUGUAGAGUGGCCCCAUAGUGACCUGUUAUUUUUAAGUUUAUUACAUUAAAAUUUCUAUUUUUCAUAACUGUUUUAAAUUAUUAUCCAAGAAAAUUCCCAAAGAAAAACAGCACAAAGUAUCCCAUUACCAUAUAUAUGUUGAGUGUUAAAUGUUUCAACAGCAGAAAAAUGCAUUUAUGAAGCAUAUUUAAAUAUAAUUUUUGAAGUUUAUACUUGUAUCACAGUGAAAUAUAAGUGAUUUUAGAAUGUUGAUAUGUGUCAUUUAAAAACUUUUUUAGUCCUGCAUUCCUUCAAAGCUUUAAUUUCUGCAUUUUUACUGAGCAGUCAUUUUGGAACAAUGUGAUAUCUGUAUUUUUGUGCUAUUUCAGAUUUUGGUAGUAUAAUUUUAGAAGAGUUUAUACUUUACUAAUAAUAAAGCUGAAAGUCUCUCUCUGUCUCGGUGUUCCGAGGAUGUCUGGAUCUCUGUGGACGCGCAUAGUGCCUAGACCGUUCGGCCGAUUUUCAUGAAAUUUGGCACAAAGUUAGUUUGUAGCAUGGGGAUGUGCACCUCAAAGCGAUUUUUCGAAAAUUCGAUGUGGUUCUUUUUCUAUUCCAAUUUUAAGAACAAGAUUAUAAGAUGGACGAGUAAAUUACGAAAUUAUCAUAACAUGGAACC